AAGGAAUAAGCAUCGGUAUUCGCAGGACGGAAUUUGGUGCCGUUUCUUCCCCGAUUCUCUCGGAUUUUCCUGGGAAAUCAAGCAAACGCGGCGAGAAUCGGAAGAGCUAUGGCUCCUCAUGGGGAUGGAUCAACUGACAUCGAGAAAGCCGAGCUUGCUCAAUCGGAGAGUCGUCGACCGAUCUCCACUGUCGUCUUCGUCAUCGCUAUGCAAGCGGAGGCUCUACCUUUGGUCAACAAGUUCGGACUCUCUGAAUCUACUGAUUCGCCGCUUGGUGAAGGAUUGCCCUGGGUUCUCUAUCACGGGGUGCAUAAAGAUCUUCGAAUCAAUGUAGUUUGCCCCGGAAGAGAUGCAGCUUUAGGGAUCGAUAGUGUUGGAACUGUUCCAUCUUCUCUCAUAACCUUUGCUUCUAUCCAAGCAUUACAUCCUGACAUCAUAAUCAAUGCCGGAACCUGCGGUGGCUUUAAGGUUAAAGGAGCCAACAUAGGCGAUGUAUUCCUUGUAUCUGAUGUUGUGUUCCAUGAUAGAAGAAUACCAAUCCCAAUGUUUGAUCUGUAUGGAGUUGGUCUUCGUCAGGCAUUUUCAACCCCCAAUCUCCUCAAGGAACUCAAUUUGAAGAUUGGCAGGUUAUCUACUGGUGACUCCUUGGAUAUGUCCACACAAGAUGAAUCAUUGAUCAUUGCCAAUGAUGCUACGCUAAAGGACAUGGAGGGUGCUGCUGUGGCGUACGUUGCUGAUCUUCUGAAAGUACCAGUAAUGUUCUUAAAAGCUGUGACCGAUCUGGUGGACGGAGAUAAACCGACGGCAGAAGAAUUCUUGCAGAACUUGGCAGUUGUGACUUCUGCGCUAGAGGAAACUGCCACUAAAGUGAUCAACUUCAUCAAUGGGAAAAACCUUUCAGACCUUUAACUUUUGUGUGAUUCUUUAAAGUGCGUUUCAGCAUCAUUUGCGGUUUCACCCGUUUCCGGUGAUUAUAUUCUUCGAUAAUAAAACUUCAAUUUUUGAGACGUUUUUUCA